AUGGACAUCUCCCGUUCCCGGUGCCGGCUCGACUGGUCUGUGGAGUCUGUGGGGAUGGCGCGGGAUGGCCCGAUGGCCACCUUUGCGUGCGCUAUGUCUGUGAAGGUCUCGGUAGGUUUGCAUCCAGCAACUAGCAUCAGUGCAAUCAAACGAGCAACACUACGACCUUUCACGCCAUGCCAGUUCUCGUUGCCAACAGGAGGCAUUUCAGAGGUCAUGUUCCGAAGUCUCCGCUUGAAAGUGGCAUCCGGGAUUGCGAGCCUGCGGGAUUUGUAUGUUUUACCGCCAACGCUCUGGAUCGCGUUUGCCAUCUACUUCCCUUUGGGGUUCAUCAACGUGUCCAGCAUCAAGCUCUACCUGCCACUCCUUCGAAGCCUGGUCGCCUGUGAUGUGCCUGUUAGUGACGGGGAGUACUCGGGUUCGCUUCAUUGUGGCGACCGGAACCUCGUUAUCUCUGUAGCACUUCAGCAGGAGGCGUGGCUAGUGGCGCUAAAGCUGCUCUGCCGAAUGCUCUCUGGACCGCUCUUGGGUGCACUCUGCGACACCCAUGGCCGUAAGCCUGUGUUGAUGUUGAGUAUCGGCGGCAUUACAAUGGCAUCCUGGCUGAUGAUGAUGGCGUGCAUGCAGACAGCGAUCCCGCCGAUCAUGAUCCUGACCGGCGCCCUGGCUCUGCAGGGCUGCACAACCGCCUUCAGCCUAUGCUUCAAGGCCAUGAUUGCAGAUCAACUGGAAACUGGUCAGCGUGCGAAGGGCUUCGUCGUUUUGAAUCAUGUUGAUGUUCUCAGUCGUGGCUUGACGCUGUGCUUCGUUAUUUGGAUCCAGAAGAUACAGUUUAUGCACUUCGACGUGCUCUGCUUGCUUGCUGGAAUGCUUGGCCUCGUGAUCCUUCUGGUGUGUUAUUUUCAGCUCGAAGAGACUCUGCCGAACCAGGGCACGAUUCUGGACACAUCAGUUUCAGGUUUGCUGAGGAGCAGCUUCAAGGAGCUGAGCUCUCCCUUCGAACUGCUGCGAAGCUCCAGGUUCUUGCAAAUUCGCCUCGCCCAGAUGUUGCUUCUGCAGCUGGGCAACGGCUGGGAGUCGGUCCUGGACUCUUUCAUGAUCUCCACACUUGGCUGGGGACCCGGAGAUUGGGACCUGGUGAACGUGCCGAUCAGUAGUUUUCGUGAGUUCUGGGGCAUGGCGACGAGUGGCUUGAUGGUCCAAUGGGCCAGAAACCCGAGAAACAGCUUCUGGUACCAACAAGCAAGCCUCGGCUUCGGAUCCGCCAUGCUGCUGAUUCAGACUUUCGCGCCAUUCGGUGCUGCUUUUCUCUUGGUGCCGAGGUGCCUUUUGGCUUUCUGCCCGGGAGAUGGUGGAUCCGAUGCAGCUUUUUUCAGCUCUCAGUUCCCUCCGCAGGCGCAGGCAUCUGCAAACGGUCUGCUUACAGCUGUUGACAACAUCGUCUCCGGCGUCGCCCGCUGGCUCUUCGCGCGCUUCUUCUUCGAUCCUUCUACGAAAGGAUGGCCAGCCGUGCUACCGCUCGCAGUGAGGACUGUUUGCACUCUGCUUUCCAAUGCGCUGGCUUUGUAUGCCUGGUGGAUUUACGGAAGACGGAGUAGGAGGACACCGACCUGGAGCACACACGACAUCCUCCAAGUCUCCAAGGGAUCUCCAGCCACAGCUUGUCGUGGAGACCGACGCGAGCAUCAGCACCACGUGACCUCGGGCAGGGCCAGGAGGGCUGGGCACCUCAAGGAUGUCAAGGUGAGAAGAUGCUGA